GACAAACAGUUACACAACCACGUACCGGUCUGCGGCCAACACGACUUUCACGCAUCUACUCAUCCGUACAAGCUGUAAUAGGCCUGCAUUUAUGUCCGACGCAUUCUUGGUGAAGACAGACUGAAAAAAAAAUAUGGCGUAUUGCUGAUACAUUUCAUCUCCAAGAUGCAACAUAUUUGAAUUCUUGUUUCUCAAAAGGUCCUUUUAAAUUGUUUCCAUUCAUUCUUACAAACUUAGCAAGGCCGCCAUCUUGGGCUUCAUCAUCAUCAUGGAGUCAAAAGUGGACACCAGUGCAGAUGAUGACUCCAAAGUGGACACCAGUGCAGUUGGUGACGAAAACCAAAAUGUUUCUAGAAACAACCUUUGGGAGAAAGAGAAAGGAGAACAAGAAACACAGAAGACAACAACUGGAUUGUGGCAUCGAUAUGUUUGCUUCCUUGUGAGAUUUCCCUCCAUCGUUCUCCUACUCGUUUUGUUAUUCGUCGUUGCUACAGGGGUUCUGGCGGUGUUCUUCAGCCCAAUACCGUCAUUUUCCGAUCCUACAGAGGGGUUUCAAGCACGAGGAACUGUUAUUAGCGGACGGCUGAAAGCCUAUGAGCGAAUGACAGCGGAAACACAGUUAUUCUUUCCUAAUCCAUCAGAAAUGAGUUCGAAUGUCAGUCGUCGAAGUCUUCCAGAAUCCCCGAGACACAGAGGCGAAAGAGAUGCCGGCAGUGAUACAGCCCUUUACGUUGAAACAUGCAGUGCUUAUCUGUCGUAUCGUCUUCGGAUGGUGUAUCGAUCGUCUGGCUCUUCGGACAUGUUCACCGCUGACGUCAUGAAGGCGGUGUGCCAACACGACACAGUCAAGUUUCGAAGUCAGGACAUCUUCAACCAAUCAUGCGGCUUGUACGACCAAACAGGGGAUUGCUGUCCAACCUGGUCCCUGGGAUUCGUGGUGGCCCUGAUAGCCGGGAAGGAUUCUUGCGAUGAUAUAAACCAAAGUGACGUGGAAAGAGCAAAGACCCUGCUGCAUGAAUGUAUUCAGUACUAUACUUCAGGGUGUCUUGAAAGUGACGCCAACUGCACGGAUGUUCCUUCUAAUUGCACUUAUCUGGGAAACAUUCACAAAAUACUUCAUUAUCUAACACCUAGUGAGUUUGCCGAUAAUGUGGAGAAUGAUAACUAUGACUUGGAAGUGGCGCUUGUCCUUUCAUCUCUUUGGUCGUACCAUGAUGACACACUUAGCGUCUACGAAAGUCACAUGGGGACAUCGUCAUUGAAAAGUAACCUUCUUGAGAUCAUAGCAAUAGGUGCUGGUAUCAAGUUCAAUGUAUUUGACAAGUUCGUCUUCUCGGACUCAGUUUUCAUUGCUAUCGGUUGUGUUUGCGUAAUAUUAAUAAUCUGGGUUUACGUUGGUUCUUUAUUUGUUACUGUUAUGACGAUGAUCAGCAUAAUUUUGUCGAUGGUUGUAGCUUUUUUCCUUUACCACGUCAUAUAUAGAAUCCCAUUCUUUCCCUUCAUCAAUGUCAUUACUGUAAUUCUCAUUAUUGGUGUUGGGGCUGACGAUUGUUUCGUGUAUGUAGACAUCUGGAAGGCGACCAAAAAUGAGAUAGGUGAAGGGAAAGAAAAACUUGUUCCAAUUCUUCUUGAUACUUUGAAGCACGCCGCCACGACCAUGUUCGUCACCAGCCUUACGACGUCAGCUGCUCUCUUUGCAGGAGUCGUCAGUACAAUCACUGCAUUGCGAUGCUUCUCGGUCUUUGCUGGAAGCGCAAUUUUGGUCAACUUUGCCCUCACUUUAACUUGGAUCCCAGCAGCAGUUAUGAUACACGAGAAAUACUUUACAUGGGAAGAGGGCAAAAAUUCGUCUUGUGAAUGUUGCGGUUGUUGGUAUGCAGUCGGACGACUUUAUGAUCGAAUUGCAAAUAUUGGGAGGAAAAUUUUCGAAAAUUAUUUACCGGGUGUUAUAACUAAAUUACGUUACCUUUGGAUUAUCGUCUUGAGUGCGCUUGGAAUCGGAGGUUUCUGUGUUGUUUUUGUGGCGCCAAGACUACGCCUGCCUUCCCAAUCGGAGUUUCAAGUAUUCAGAACAAGUAAUAUUUUUGAGCAAUACGAUCAAAUCUAUAAAGGAUUGUUUAGUUUUGAAGGUGAUUCAGCGAGGUUGAUGCCGGCAAUUAUUGUCUGGGGAGUAGAACCUGUUGACAAUGGCAACCAUUGGGACGCUGAUGGAGAAGGGUCUACGGUGUUGGAUGAAUCGUUUGAUCCAACUUCAUCAGAAGCACAACAAUGGUUGUAUGAUCUCUGCAUAGACUUUAAGAAUUCAAGUUUCCAUGACAACGAUGCGGAGUCCGGAGACGAAUUUUGUUUCAUUGAUGAUUUUAGAACCUUUAUGGAAGACGGCACUUGCAUACACCCUUUAACAGGCGAUGAUCUGAAUCCUUGCUGCAAUCAUACUUCAUUUCCAUAUUCAAGUGACCUGUUUAGCCAAUGUUCAAUUGCUUUCACCGAAAUACAAUGUGAACUUUAUGGAUGUGAAUCGAGUUCCCCUGGUUUAAGAUUCAAUUCAGAUAAUGAAAUUGUUGCCUUAAUAAUGUACUUACAGACAAACGUUGAAGAAUCUCAAGAUUUCACCGCUAUGAAUCAAUUCUGGGAGGAUCUCAACGGCUGGGUAGAAGAUCAAAUAAUUGCAGCUCCAACAGGUGUAAAGAGAGGAUGGUUCAUAAGUGCCGGUGAUUACCAGUUGUCUUUCUUUGAUCUACAAAGAGGCCUUGCGACCGGUGCGCCUCUCUCGGUCGGAGUCUCUCUGGCAGUCGCAGCUUGUGUUCUUCUCUUAGCCAUAAGGAACAUUUUGGUAACUUUAUAUGCCAUUUACUCUAUAGCUUGUGCCGUUUUCGUAGUCAUUGCUUCCGUUGUUCUUAUGGGAUGGGAACUAAAUAUAUUUGAAUCUAUUGUUUUGUCCCUUGCUGUGGGUCUGUCGGUUGAUUUUACAAUCCAUUUAGGCGUUGCCUAUCGACAAUCAACUGCAUUUGACCGGAAGUCACGAUCAAUGUACGCCCUUCGUUCCCUCAGUGCUGCCAUUACUCUGGCUGCUUUCAGUACCUUCAUAGCAGGUGCGUGUAUGCUACCUGCCACCGUUCUUAGUUACGUACAGCUUGGGACUUUUCUUACACUUGUCAUGGCAAUCAGUUGGGUUUACGGAAUAUUCCUAUUUGUAUCUCUUUGCCGAACGAUAGGACCAGAGGGAAUGUUUGCCCAGUUAUCGCGAUCUUGUUGUCGGCGAACCCCUCGUGUCACACCUCUUGAGGGUGGGGACCCGGAUAAGAAAGUCCAGAAGGGUGUUCCUCUGGAUGAUGAUGUGGCUGUUGUAUCAGUUAUCUCCUUGCCAAAUGAGAAGUUACCUGCUGAAUAAUGGAAACCGUGAUUUAAUGACUGAUCAUUAUGUGUCUGUAUAACUUAUCUUCUCUUUCGAAAUAAUUCGGAAACCAAAAAGUGUACGUGUAUGUGUGAGGAUGUGUGGGUGCGGAUGUUCUUGUGUGUGUCCAUAUGAAUGCAUGACUGUGGGAAAAUGUGUGAGUGAUGACUGCGUCAGGUGUGCGUCUGUGUGUGUGAGUGUUACGUUGGUGCGUUUGUGGUUAAGGUGGUAUGGGUGUGUGUAUCAAAGCGUGUCAUAUGAACUUGACUCUUUAUUUCUCUUUCUCGUAAUUUAUAGAUUUAGAAGCCUAGUCAGAAUAAAGCAAGAAACUAUUUAACAUUUACACAAAAAAUAUCACAUUUUUUCAUUUGUUUAUUAAUUUUUUUUUACACAAUAUCCUCCGUUGCAGCUGUACGUCUACAAAAUGUAUGCUCACUUUAACCGCCGUCAUCUAUCGUGCACGACAUCAAAACAAUUAAAUCUUAUUUUCAUAAAGCAGUUUAGUUGUUAUAGAAUAUACCCAGAGGAGAAUAAUUUGUGUCUCGAUUGAAUGUUAUUUCUGAAAAGAAAUCUUAAAAUUGUAUUCUCUGUUAUCAGAAUUUUUCAGACUAUUGUUUCUACUGGUUUGCAUACAUUUACGUUAUUACAUGACCAUACAUUACACAAAUUGCAAGUAAUGCAAAUUCAAUGACAUAUAAUCAGAUGAUUAUUUCUUCGUAUUUCUGUUUAAAAUAUCGCAGUGAUUAUUUGCCAAAAAUUUAUAUCACGGGAUAAGGAACAUAACUUUGUGUCUUAACUCAUCCAAACGUUAAAACUUCACACAAUUUUGGUGACUGGUUUUGAAUUGGUUAGUUUACAUGACAUGCAUGAGGUCUUAUUCAUUUGGCUAUUGAUGAGUUUCUUUAUCUGCUUGUGUUUUCUUUUUAUCUAUGCAAUAUAGGCCUUUUUUCAAUUAAAUAUCAUAACAACAUUUAUUUUAAUUCAUUUUCUGCUCCGAUUCUAUACUUGCCCUUGUGCCGUAAGUCAUCAAUACUGAUUGACUCUGUUUAUCAUUCCGUUACAUUACGAUAUAUUAUGUUGAAAUAUUAUGAAAUAUUUUUUGUUUGUAAAAGGAUGAAGUUCGAAAACUUAUUUAUUGCCAUGGUUUGUCACAAAGACUUGCAAUAGGCCAUAUUUUUAAGUUUUGAAAUUUGCCACGACAUAUAUUUUAUAGGAAUAUAUAAUAGAUAUUGAUAUUUCAUCGUAGUGUACAGUUAGAAUUUGUUAAAACUAUAUAUUUUUAGUAUUGUUUCAUUUGAAGAAAAAUGUAUUUAUAUUGCACUGUGCAUUAAAGUUUCAUAGAACAAUAGUA